AUGAGCUCGCUUCCAGAAUCAAUGUCAGAUAAUCAAGUCGGACCCAGCUGUUAUCAGUCUAUCAAGUCUCCUCCUUCUGAGUCUCUGUCUAAUCGGAUCAGCUUGUCUCUGUCAUCAAAAUCUUCAGAUAUUGAUCCUGACCCAAACAGUUGUAUUACAACACUCGCUCGGCCUGAUUCCACCAAAUUGGACCUCAAUGCUCACCCAUCGAACUCAACUACAAUAUCAAAUUCUGUUAUUGACCCCAACUCAAACAAAUCUCUCACAAAGACAAAUCAACCUACUCCUACAGAUCAAACAAUUCUCACCUCUAGUGUUGCUCAUUCUGCUGUGUGUGAUCCUACUUGUGUUCCAAUCAAGAAGAAGAAAAAGAAAAAGACCAAAGCAAUCAUUCUAGAGACAGAAGUACCUGAUACCCUUAAUUUUGACCUGACACCACCUGCACCUGCAUAUGGACCGGGAUCUGACAAUUAUCCGCCUCCGCCAACACAAUCUCAAAUUCAAGAACUAUCUGAUAUACUUGUUAAGCGUCAUCCUGAUCUAUGCAUACUGGAAACAGAUGAUCAAGGAUUUUACCUCGGUAAGGAUUGUAACAAAAGUCCUUUUGAUCAAGAUGUCCUGCUAUAUUCCUUUGAUGGCACAUUGAUCUUUCAACUUGAAAAUGGGAUUUCAAUUUCAACAACUUAA